AUGGCGGAGCAAGAAAAUAUUUCAGAAUUGGAAAAUGUUGUUAAUCCUGAUCCAUCGACGCGUGAAGACUCAAUGGAAGGUAGGAUGGACCUUGUUCAGGCCGUAGUGGCUGAUCAAGGUUUUAUUGCAAAACUUUCUUCAGCGAUUAUGGCACAAAUGGCUCCGCAAUUGUUAAAGCAAAACUCUGCAGUGCUUCAAGGCCAAGCAGAUGUUCAAAAUCCUGGAGUAUCUCAAGAUCAAACGGGUACACAAAAUCAGACUCUUCCCGGAGUAUCAUACGAUCAAACGGGUUCAAAAGAGCAAUCAAAUCCCACCGUAUCAUACGAUAGGUCGGGUACAGCUACUAAGCGAGGGCGUAUGCCUGUAAUACGGCUAGACGACGAUGAUGACCAUGUGCCAGCCAAGCGAGUUCGAACCUCGGACAAUGUCAAUUUUGACGAUGAUGUUAAUUAUGAGUUGGAGGAGUUAGAAACAGAGAACAUUCUCUCUCCAAACUCUCGAUGGGAAGCUAGUGCGACUUUAUCGCAGUUUCUCGAAACAGCUGUAAAACGGUUAAAUAAAUUUGAGAGAAAAACCUUGGUCAAAACUUACCCAAGACCAAACGUGGACGCUGUGUACACGCCAGCGAUGGAUGAAUACUUAAAGCCUUUCAUCCAAGGAGUAGCAACACCUGAUAAACCACAUAAAGAUUUACAGGAUAGUGUUCUAGAUGUAUUUGGUCCUCUGUGUACAGCAUAUGAAAAUUUGUUAUCCAUGGAAAGCACCAUGACAUCUGAUGGGGUGGUUGAACUGGAUGCUACUGGUGUCCGUAGCUUCCAGGAGUGUCUCAAACAUGCAUUGCUGUUAACUGGAGAUGUAGUUGCUUGA